AUGAAGCUACCUCUUCUUUCCUUCCUGGCCCUGGCAUCCUGCUGUCACGCCCUACCAAAGAUUCCUGGCAACAGUUUAGAUAUUAAACGGGCGACAUGCGAAAACACUCCUACUUCUCGGCACUGCUGGGGGAAAUAUGAUAUCGACACGAACUAUUACACUACGAUACCAGACGCAGGGAAAACGGUUGAAGUUUGGCUGUCGGUUGAAGAAGGGAUAUGCAACCAAGAUGGAUAUCGACGACCAUGCAUGACUUUUAAUGGCACCAUGCCGGGCCCUGCCAUUGUUGCCGACUGGGGAGAUGAUCUCGUUGUCCAUGUUACCAAUAAUAUGAAGAGCAAUGGCACUGCCAUCCAUUGGCAUGGUGUUCGACAACUCAAUAGUGUCGAACAGGACGGAGUCCCAGGUGUUACUCAAUGCCCAAUCCGCCCGGGAGAAAGCUACACGUAUAAGUUCAAGGUCACCCAAUACGGAUCGAGUUGGUACCACAGCCACUUUUCUCUUCAAUACACGGAAGGGCUUUUCGGUCCCCUUAUAUUCAAGGGCCCUGCAACCGCGAAUUAUGACGAAGACAAGGGUGUUCUGUUCCUCCAAGAUUGGUCACAUACAUCUACUUUCACCGACUGGAGUGCGAAGGAAAAGUAUGGUAUUACCAAAUCAUUGAACAGUCUUCUGAUCAAUGGUACGAACACAUUCAACUGCACUGGUUCGACGGACCCCAACUGCGUUGGAGGGGGUAAGAAGUUCGAAACAGUGUUUGAGCCUGGAAAGAAGUACCUCAUCCGUCUGGCCAACGUGGCAAUGGAUAGCCUGUUCCAGUUCAAUAUUGAUGGCCAUAAGUUCAAGGUUAUUGCCGUUGACUUUGUCCCAAUCGUACCAUAUGAGACUGACAACGUUCUGGUCAACGUCGGUGAAAGAUACGAUAUUGUGGUCGAGGCAAAUGCUACUCCGGGAGACUAUUGGAUGCGUGGCGGCUGGCUGAGAGCUUGUCAAGGUGUCGCAAACGAUAACCCCGGCUCCAUCACGGGCAUUGUACGGUAUAAUUCCAGAAGCACCAAAGAGCCAACUACCACCAGCACAGUUCAGCCACCAAAGUUCUGCGCAGACGAACCAGCUACUAAACUAGUACCUCGCGUGAAGUUUGAUGUCGGCGCCAUCUCUGGCACGACUGUCGAGGGAAUAAACGUCCGCCUCACACAUGCUGCCCUCUUUCAGUGGACUAUUAAUGGCAGUAGCUUGGCCUUGGACUGGAAUAAGCCAACCCUGCAAUAUGUCUUCAAGAACGCAUCAUACAUCCCCACCCCUUACAAUGUGGUGUCUGUUGAGGUAAGUGUUACCCAUAUUUCCGUGAUGAUCUAA